CCGCGAGAAAAACCCUAAUUCUAAAAUUCGCCAUGGUUGUCCUCACUCGUAACAAGAACAAGGGGGCGAAAUCUCUAACUCCUCCAUCGAAAAAUGUGACUAAAACUCGGACGCCUCCUCUAUCGAAGAAUCAGGCGAAAUCUCAAAAUCCUCCAUUGAAGAAGGCGGAGAAGACCCAAACACUGGCACCGAAGAAGGGAGUAAAGUCCCAGAAGAAACCACCAUUGAAGAAGCAGAAGAAGGAAGUUGUGAAGGAAGUUCCUAGCGAUAGUGAUGAAGAAGUUUCCGAUGGUUCUGAUGAUGCCUCUACCGAUGUAGAAUCAGAAGAGCUUGAUGAAUCUGAUGAUGGACAGGAAGGCUCCAACGGGUUAGGUUCUUCUGGGUUUUUCUCUGAUGAUGAUGAUGAUGAUGAUGAUGAUGAUGAUGAUGAUGAUGAUGAUGAUGGUGAUGAUGAUGAAGAAGCAAACGAUGACGGUGAAGAGCUCUUGGGUGAUGACUUCCUCGAAGGUAGCGGUGCUGAAGAGGGUUCCCCGGACUCGAAUACUGACUCCGAUGAAGAAGAUAUGCAGACGAAAUCUGAAAUUAUUGAUAUAGAAAACGAAAAUCUGAAGAGAUUAGCUAAGCAAGAACUGGUGGAUUUCAACAAGGAAGCUGGACCUGAUGAACAUGAUGCGUUUCGGCUACCAACUGAAGAGGAGCUUGAAGAAGAAGCACGUGGACCACCAGAUCUUCCUCUACUGCAGAGUAGAAUAAAAGAGAUUGUUAGAGCUUUGUCAAAUUUUAAAGUUUUGAGGCCAGAAGGAUCCAGCAGGAAAGAUUGCGUUGAACAGCUCAAAUCUGAUCUUGCUUCGUAUUAUGGCUACAACAGUUUUCUUAUUGGGGCUUUGUUUGAGCUGUUUCCUCCUGUUGAACUUUUGGAACUAAUUGAAGCUUUUGAAAAGCAAAGGCCUACUUCUAUCCGGACAAACACACUUAAGACUCGAAGACGGGAUCUUGCUGAUGUGCUUUUGAACAGAGGAGUCAAUCUAGACCCAUUAGGCAAGUGGUCUAAGGUCGGACUUGUUGUUUAUGAUUCACAAGUGCCAAUCGGUGCGACUCCUGAAUAUUUGGCUGGUUACUACAUGCUUCAAGGUGCUAGUUCGUUUCUGCCAGUGAUGGCCCUUGCCCCUCGAGAGAAUGAACGGAUUGUGGAUGUAGCUGCUGCUCCUGGUGGUAAAACAACGUAUGUUGCUGCACUAAUGAAAAAUACCGGCUUAAUAUUUGCGAAUGAGAUGAAAGUACCGAGGCUCAAGUCGCUAACUGCCAAUUUGCAUCGCCUGGGGGUCACAAAUACCAUUGUUUGUAACUACGAUGGUAGAGAGCUACCCAAGGUGUUAGGCCAGAACUCCGUUGAUAGAGUAUUGCUGGAUGCACCUUGCAGUGGGACUGGGGUUAUAUCAAAAGAUGAAUCAGUUAAAACUUCGAAAACUCUUGAUGAUAUAAAACAAUUUGCUCACUUGCAAAAGCAACUCAUUCUCGCUGCUAUUGAUAUGGUGGAUGCCAAUUCCCAAACGGGUGGAUACAUUGUUUACUCAACAUGUUCACUUAUGGUUGCUGAGAACGAAGCUGUCAUUGACUAUGCUCUCAAAAAGAGGAGUGUUCAACUCGUAAAAACUGGACUCGAUUUUGGCCGAGACGGAUUUACGAAAUUUAGAGGACAACGGUUUCAUCAUUCUUUAGAGAUGACUAAACGUUAUUAUCCUCAUGAACACAACAUGGACGGCUUUUUUGUAGCAAAGCUGAAGAAAAUGAGCAACAUGAAACCAUCUUCAGAAGAUGAUGACGAGGCGGUAGAAACUGUAGAACAAGCUGAUGAUGAAGCUGAGGCCGAUGAAGAGAUGGAAACUAAAGAAAACAAGAAGAAGGAGAAACUUGCAAAAUCAAAGGAGAACAAAACAGGCAAAAAAGAUAAGAAAUCAAAAUCUAAACUUGGAAAUGUAGAACGUCCAAAGAAGCAAAAGAAGAAGAGAUCUGAUUGGAAGAAGGAAAUUGCUCAAGCUAGGGAAGAGAAAAGAAGAGCCAUGAGAGAGAAGUCGAAGGAGAAGCAAUGAUUCGGUGUAUUUUGCAUCAAUUCAAGUGACCCUCCUAAAAACGUUUUUGCGCUUAUCAUUGAUUCAAUUUUCUGCAUGUAGUUUGUUUUUAUUGCACGUACAAACUGAUAUGAAACCGUAAACCGAAUACAAUUGUACAACCGUAGACAAAAUAUUGAAAGUUGAAA